AUGGUAUUCUCGGAUGCUGUGAAGAUCACAAUCGUUGUUGUAGCACCAGUAUUGUUCUUUACUGUUCUUUUCGCAGCAGCGUACCUCUACCGCCGGUAUCAUUCGCCCUACCGGCACGGCACUUUCCGAGUUGAAGACGGUAUCUGGGAUCCCUCAAAGCCGGAGGGGCUCCUCCCACAUUGUCACAUGUGCUACCAAAACCACAGCCAUGGACAAGAUAUAGACGUUUCUGUAGAAGACGGUCCAUCAUAUGAGAGUAAAGCAGAGGGAGCCAACAACAUAUCCGAGCUGCAUUACGUGGAGAAGAGUAUAGAUGUCCGGCGGUUGAAUCAUAAUCCUUACGCCCCCGACCUCAUCACCCGAGUCAACUCCAUCUCUUCCACCCUCGCAUCAAAAGAACCUGCCAAUACUUCUUCAGACGUCUUGCCUUUCGGAGGCGGGCGUCGAGCAUCGCACGCUUCUGCUGUGGAUCCCAACAGGCUCGGGUAUCAAGGUGUUGAGGCAAAUGCUCUAAGCCACGGAGUCAUUGCCGUUGGGGAUCGACGACCGUCUGUCUUGUCUGGAGGGCUAUCGGACAGGAGGGAGAGUGACACGCUUUCUGUGAGAAAAGUCAGCUUCGGGGGAGGUGAGGAGAUGGUGAACGUACAAGCCGCCGGUAUCGAUCAGUCAAAAUUGCCGGUUAGAAGAUCAUCCAAUCCAUCGCGAUCUUUCUCAAGACGACCUUCUAUAAAGGAUGGGGAGCUACAACACGAUGAGCAGUUGGAGCCAGUCCCAUUCUCUCACCCCUUCAGCGCCACUUCUCUCAGCAGUAGCACUUCGCUCACUCGAGGCGGAGUAGGCUCAGCAUCCAUCGUCCCUCCAGUACCAGCUCUGCAACAACCCCCUCCUCCGCGCAAAAACAUCCAGAACCGACCCGGUUCCCUCAAACUCACCUCAACGUCUACCCGCCAGUCCAGCCACCCGCCUCCCAGUAUCCUCGCAUCCGCAUACGAUCCAGUGACCGGUGUAUCCACCAAAGCUCUCAAAUCUGCUCUCAUUACCAGCCCAGAAAUGGAUGAGAUGAGUACGGGGAGUGAUAUCAGUGAAGACUUUGUUGAACCUACGCCGGGGGUGUUUGAAGCCUGGAAAGGCUUCCCUCAGCAGGGGUCGCCUGCGAGGGCGGUGUUGAUACAGCCUCUUGAGCUUACCCAUGCCAGCGGACAAGAGCCUCCGGCUGAACCUUCGCUGGGUCCGACCUCGCCCAAGACGCUGCCGCCUACUCCGGCACCUCGUCCUUCGCAGCUAAUCCCAGCAUCGCCAAAGCCUUCUGCUCCCCCCAUUGGCUUGGCGCUACCUUCAUCAGGUGUAGAGAGGCGCUCGAGUAGCAGCAGUAAUCGGUCGAUAACGUACUUGGCGGACGUGGUGAGAGAUAAAGCGCAGAGGAAGGGUGCAAUGUCUGCGGGUUUGCCUGGUAAGGAAAGGAAGAAUAGUCUGCAUGUUCGGGCAGAAGAAGAUGGGAUGGAAGAAGUCACCAUAAACUCACCGCCACCUGUGCCAGCACUGGUUGCCAUACAUCAAGCCCAAAGUCUCUCCUCGCCAACAACUCCACUGAAAGCGCUUGUGUCCGCAAGCCUAUCGGUACCCUCUCCUAAUGUCGCUAUAGGAAGAAAAGCAAGUACCCACAGUGCAAAGUCCAAUACACAUCUUGUCGUCGAAAUGGUGAGGGAGAACUCGGUACGAAGGAAGAGCGCGACAGUCGUACCGGCCUCGCCCGCCGAAACGAGGCCUCAGAGCGUCCACGUCGAGAUUGUCUCGCCAAACGUAUAUGGCGAGCAGGAUGCGCCCAUGUUGUCGCCUUCAAAGUUCCAGGAGAACCUUGUAGAGUAUGAGAAUGAUAGCUCACGAGGCCAAGCGAUUUAA